CCUUUAUUCCCUCUCCCCCUCCCUUCUUCCCAGCACCUCUACUCUGGCUGGGAUGCUGUGCCUGCCUACCUCUUCUGCCUGGAAUUGAGUUCUCGUCGAUUUCAACCCUCCGACCUCGUGGACUGCCAAGGGUCGUCUUAGCUUCCACUUCUUUCACGAUCACCCCCACCAAAACAACCUCCUAAAAAAUUCCCAUUUAACGCCCUACCCCACUUACCACCUCGGACUCAGCGCCGACCUCCCGUGUCUUUUCUUCCCGUUUUACCACUGGGAUCUUUGCACCUUCGACCUCCCAUCCGUAUCGUCAGGACCGAAUCGGCGAUAUGUCAUUGCUACCUCCCGAAGUUCACUCGGCGCUCUCGCAGCUCCUGCGCGCGUUGACCACCGCCGAUAAUACGAUCCGUGCUCAGGCCGAAGAACAGUUGAACAAUGAUUGGAUUGUCGCCCGUCCAGAUGUGCUCUUAAUGGGCCUGGUGGAACAGAUUCAGGGCGCAGAAGAUAUUGCCACCCGGGCAUUCGCCGCAGUAUUGUUCAGAAGAAUCGCGACCAAGACGCGAAAAGACCCCGUCACAAAUGAGGCCCGGGAACUCUUCUCGACUCUGACCACAGACCAGCGCCUGGUCAUUCGACAGAAACUGGUGACAUGCCUGACCACGGAGUCCGCGACGGAUGUGCGAAAGAAGAUUGGAGACGCCGUUGCAGAGAUUGCGAGACAGUACACCGACAAUGGUAUGCUCAACACCGACCGUCUGCUUUUAUGAUCCUUCCCUUGCACCCCGGAAAUUCCUUUUCCGAACUUGAUGAGUGACUCCUCUAGGUGACCAAUGGCCCGAGCUCCUGGGAGUCCUCUUCCAGGCCAGUCAGUCGCCCGAUGCCGGCCUGCGUGAGGCCUCGUUCCGCAUCUUCUCGACCACUCCCGGUAUCAUCGAGAGGCCCCACGAGGAUGCCGUUGUCGGCGUCUUCAGCAAGGGCUUCAAGGACGACCUUGUCACCGUGCGCAUUGCCGCCAUGGAGGCCUUCGCUUCCUUUUUCCGCUCCAUCUCCAAGAAGUCCCAGCCCAAGUUCCACUCGCUCAUGCCCGAAUUGCUCAACAUCCUGCCUCCGCUAAAGGAGUCGUCCGAGAGCGACGAGCUUUCGUCGGCUUUCCUGGCUUUGAUUGAGCUGGCCGAAACCUCGCCGAAGAUGUUCAAGAGCAUGUUCAACAACCUGGUCAAGUUCAGUAUCAGCGUCGUUGCCGACAAGGACCUGAGCGACCAGGUCCGACAGAAUGCGUUGGAGCUGAUGGCCACCUUUGCCGACUACGCCCCGGGCAUGUGUAAGAAGGACCCCGAAUUCGCCCGCGAUAUGGUGACUCAGUGUCUGAGCUUGAUGACCGACAUUGGCGUCGACGAUGACGAUGCUUCCGAGUGGAACUCGUCGGAGGAUCUUGACCUGGAAGAGAGCGAUCUCAACCACGUCGCUGGUGAACAGUGCAUGGAUCGCCUGGCCAACAAGCUUGGCGGUCAGGCCGUGCUUCCCCCUACCUUCUCCUGGAUCCCUCAGAUGAUGUCGUCCUCCGCCUGGCGUGAUCGGCACGCAGCUCUCAUGGCCAUCUCCGCUAUCUCUGAAGGUUGCCGCGACCUGAUGAUCGGUGAACUCGACCAGGUGUUGGGCCUGGUUGUGCCCGCUUUGCAGGAUCCCCACCCUCGCGUCCGCUAUGCCGGCUGCAACGCAUUAGGCCAGAUGAGCACUGAUUUCGCCGGUACCAUGCAGGAGAAGUACCACGGCAUUGUGCUGAACAACAUCAUCCCCGUGCUGAACAGUGUGGAGCCCCGUGUCCAGGCACACGCCGCCGCGGCUCUGGUCAACUUCUGCGAAGAGGCCGAGAGACGGGUUCUCGAACCGUACCUCGCCGAGUUGCUGCGGCAUUUGCUGCAGCUCCUGCGUAGUGAGCACCGCUAUGUGCAGGAACAGGCCCUCUCCACGAUCGCCACGAUUGCGGACUCUGCUGAGAAUGCAUUCGACCAGUACUACGACACGCUGAUGCCCUUGCUCUUCAACGUGCUCAAGGAAGAGCAGUCCAAGGAGUACCGCCUGCUGCGAGCCAAGGCCAUGGAGUGCGCUACCCUGAUCGCCCUGGCUGUGGGCAAGGAGAAGAUGGGCCAGGACGCUCUGAACCUGGUGCAGCUGCUGGGUAACAUCCAGCAGAACAUUGUCGAUGCGGACGACCCGCAGUCGCAAUACCUGCUCCACUGCUGGGGCCGUAUGUGCCGGGUUUUGGGCCAGGACUUCGUUCCCUACCUUCCCGGCGUCAUGCCCCCUCUUCUGACGGUUGCGGCCGCCAAGGCGGAUAUUCAGUUGCUUGACGACGAGGACCAGAUCGACCAGGUGGAGCAAGAUGAGGGCUGGGAGCUGGUGCCUCUGAAGGGCAAGAUUAUUGGUAUCAAGACCAGCGCGCUUGAGGACAAGAACACCGCCAUUGAGUUGAUCACCAUCUACGCGCAGAUCCUCGAGGCCGCCUUUGAGCCUUACGUCUUGGAGACGAUGGAGAAGAUCGCCGUGCCCGGUCUGGCCUUCUUCUUCCACGACCCCGUUCGGGUGUCGUCGGCGAAGUUGAUCCCCCAGCUUCUGAACUCCUACCGGAAGGCCUACGGCGAGUCGUCGCCUGGUUUCGCGCAGAUGUGGAACAAGGUGGCCGAGAAGAUCAUCGAGGUGCUCAGCGCCGAGCCCGCGGUCGAUACGUUGGCCGAGAUGUACCAGUGCUUCUACGAGUCCGUGGAGGUGGUCGGCAAGAACUGCCUCACCCAGCAGCACGUGCAAGCGUUCAUCGAGUCGGCCAAGUCGACGUUAGAAGACUACCAGGUGCGCGUGAAGGCGCGACUAGAGGAUCGGGCCGACGCCGAGGACGGCGACGAGGAGAACCUCGACUACGAAUACGCAGUUGAGGACGACCAGAACUUGCUCAGCGACAUGAACAAGGCCUUCCACACCAUCUUCAAAAACCAGGGCACGUCAUUCCUGCCCGCCUGGGAAACUCUCAUGCCGUUCUACGACGCCUUCAUCACGAGCCAAGACCCCACGCAACGCCAGUGGGCUCUUUGCAUCAUGGACGACGUGCUGGAAUUCUGCGGAGCUGAGUCGUGGAAGUACAAAGACCACAUCAUGCAGCCGCUGGCCGCUGGACUGCGGGACCAGAACGCGGCCAACCGCCAGGCCGCUGCUUACGGAGUGGGAGUUGCUGCGCAGAAGGGUGGCGAGGCCUGGAGUGAGUUCGUCGCCGCUAGUAUCCCGAGCCUGCUGCAGGUUACCCAGAUCAACCAGGCGCGGUCAGAGGAGCAUGUUUAUGCGACCGAGAACGCCGCGGCCAGUAUCGCCAAGAUCUUGCACUUCAACAGCAGCAAGGUGCAGAACGCCAACGAGAUCGUCGCCAGCUGGAUCACCACUCUGCCCAUCACGUUUGACGAGGAGGCCGCUCCCUAUGCCUAUUCCUUCUUGGCUCAGCUGAUUGACCAGCAACAUCCCGUGGUGAUGUCGAACGCCGACAAGGUGUUCGGGUAUAUCGUGCAAGCUCUGGAGAACGAGACUUUGCAGGGACAAACGGCCGGACGAGUGGCCACCGCGGCCAAGCAGCUGGUAGCCAGCACGGGGUUGAAUGCCGACCAGAUCCUGGCGGGUGUGAACCCAGACAACCAGGCGGCGGUGCGGAGUUAUUUCCAGUAGAGACGGGCGCAGCAACGGAGGAAAUUGGUUUAUUAACAAAGGCGUGAUAUGGGAACGAGUGGGUGCCGGCUCUAUUUGUCUACGUGAAUUAUGGUUGUUUCUAAUUUCCCAUUUGAUUACCCCCCUGAAUCUACAGCGUGUGCCCUCCGUUGGUCGGUGAUUGUACACUGCGUAGACCGGAUUCUUGUUCUUUCCCCCCCCCUUGUUCUCGCAUUUCUUUUCGGUUCUUCAAGAAGAAUAUAUACACAAUAUAUGUUCAUUUCAU